GCAGGAUACUAUCUCAGGCGGCCCCGCCCCCCUCUCUAGCUCCGCCCACUCCAAGUUAGAGCGCUGGAGAGUGUGCAGCUGCUGAGCCGAGGAGGAGACUGGACUGUGCCCGGGAAGGAGCUGCCCUGCACGGAGAAUGAUUACGGAUAGGAUAGAACCUCUCUCUGGAUGGAAGGUCAGCAGGCAAUUGAAAUGUAACUGAAAUAACAUUUCUUUCCUGGAUGGGUGUGGAUGAUUCUGGGUGUGUUCUCUGAGUAGUGUUCAGCCCUUCUAUAUACAGGAUGCCACCUCCAUCAGAUACAGUAAAGGUGGCCAUUCAAUGGCCUGGAGCCUUCCCAAAGUUAAUGGAAAUUGAUCAAAAAAAGCCUUUAUCUGCAAUAAUAAAGGAAGUGAGUGACGGUUGGUCAAUCAUUCAGAAUCAUGAAGAGCUGGCACUUCAAUAUGCUGAAGGACCAGGAUUUUAUAUUACAGAAAAGAAUCGCAAUGAGAUAAAAAAUGGAGCCAUUUUACGAUUGACAUCAUCACCAACUAUCACUGCCCAGCAGCUCCAUGACAGAGUCCAGUCUUCAAGUAUGGAUGUCAAGCUAGAAGGACUGAAAGAUUUGGCCAGAAGUUCACGAGAUAUUACUUUUGCUCAGGAGUUCAUAAACCUGGAUGGUAUUUAUCUUCUCACUCAAAUGGUGGAAAGUAGUAAUGAGAAAUAUCAAAAAUUGCAGAAGAUUAUGAAGCCCUGUUUAGGUGAAAUGCUUUCUUACUCAUUGACAGCAUUUGUGGAAUUGAUGGAUCAUGGUAUUGUCUCAUGGGAUACGUUCUCAGUAGCAUUUAUAAAGAAAAUUGCAAGCUUUGUGAACAAGUUAGGCAUGGAUGUCUCUGUUUUACAACGAUCUCUAGCUAUUCUUGAAUCCAUGGUUCUGAACAGCCAUGAUCUUUAUCAGAAGGUUGCACAGGAAAUCUCUAUUGGACAGUUAAUUCCACUUCUUCAAGGGAUAGACCAAGAGAUUCAGACCUACGCUAUUGCAGUGAUCAAUGCUCUGUUCCUCAAAGCUCCGGAUGCAACAAGACAGCAUUACGUAGAAGACAGCAUUGACAUUCUUGAUUUUCCUCUGAGUGAGAUGGCAAACAUAUUAACACAGAAGCAGCUCCGUUCUAUAAUUCUUACACAUGUAAUCAGAUCACAGAAUGGUAUUAACAAUGAGAUGGCACACCAGUUGUAUGUACUUCAAGUGUUGACAUUCAACUUACUGGAAGAUAGAAUGAUGACAAAAAUGGAUCCUCAAGACCAAGCUCAGAGGGAUAUUAUAUUUGAACUGCGUAGGAUAGCGUUUGAUGUAGAACAAGACCAAAACAACCUCGGUGGUAGCAUUGAAAAACGGAAAUCUAUGUACACCAGGGACUAUAAAAAGCUUGGAUUUACUAACAAUGUAAACCCAGCACUGGAUUUUACCCACACUCCUCCAGGGAUGCUGGCCCUUGACAACAUGCUGUACUUUGCAAAGCAUCAUCAGGACGCUUAUAUACGGAUUGUAUUGGAAAACAGCAGUCGAGAAGACAAGCAUGAAUGUCCAUUUGGUCGUAGUAGCAUUGAACUUACUAAGAUGCUUUGUGAAAUCCUCAAAGUGGGGGAGCUGCCCAGUGAAACUUGCAAUGAUUUCCACCCUAUGUUCUUCACACAUGAUCGAUCUUUCGAGGAAUUCUUUUGUAUCUGCAUCCAGUUGUUGAACAAGACUUGGAAGGAAAUGAGGGCAACUUCUGAAGACUUCAACAAGGUUAUGCAAGUUGUAAAAGAACAAAUCAUGAGAGCUCUCACAAACAAACCAAAUUCCCUGGACCAGUUCAAGAGUAGACUUCAGAACCUCAGCUACACAGAAAUCUUGAAAAUACGUCAGUCAGAAAGAAUGAACCAGGAGGAUUUCCAGUCCCGUCCUAUACUGGAGCUGAAAGAGAAGAUUCAGCCAGAGAUCCUAGAACUUAUUAAACAGCAGCGACUUAACCGGCUGGUUGAAGGAACCUGCUUCAGAAAACUAAACAGUCGGAGACGACAAGAUAAAUUUUGGUAUUGUCGACUGUCACCCAAUCAUAAAGUAUUACACUAUGGAGACUUAGAAGAGAGUCCUCAAGGAGAGGUUCCUCAUGACAAUUUGCAGGACAAAUUGCCUGUAGCAGACAUUAAAGCAAUAUUGACUGGUAAGGACUGUCCUCAUAUGAAGGAAAAGGGAGCCCUCAAGCAAAAUAAGGAGUUGCUUGAGUUGGCAUUUUCCGUAAUGUAUGAUUCCAACUGCCAGUUAAAUUUCAUUGCUCCUGAUAAACAUGAGUAUUGUAUUUGGACAGAUGGACUUAAUGCAUUACUUGGAAAAGACAUGGUCAGUGACCAAACACGGAAUGACAUGGACACAUUGCUUAGCAUGGAAAUAAAACUCCGCCUCCUAGACCUGGAAAAUAUACAAAUUCCUGAUGUACCACCUCCAAUUCCAAAGGAACCUAGCAACUACGAUUUUGUUUACGACUGCAACUGAGAAUAAUGGUUUGGGAUUGAUAAUUCAACUGGAAUUACUGGAACUGGAUACUAAUACUAGACAUGUUUUACCAUUUGUCUAAUAGUUUCACUUGAGACAUUCCUAAUCUUCACUAAAGUCUUUCCAAAUAUGAGGCCAUUUUAGUUGCCCAACAUACUUGGCACAGUGUUUGAGUUGACAUAGUUUACACUUUAUAAAAGGCUAAUGGCAUGAAAAACCUUGAAACAUCAUGGCCAUAUUUCUAAUGCUUUAAAUGACACAUGACUCCACCUCCAGAGCUUGGUGCCCUCAGCUGUAUUUUCUGGAGCUAUAGAAUGAACAGACAUUAUUGUUGAUGCUGCUUCUUGUUCUGAUCAGAGAGAGAGGAGGCAAUAAAGAAGGCUACUGAUGUUCUGUAAACUGCUUACUAGCAUUGCAUUUUUUUUUUCCCUUUGCUAGCACUUUCACUAGUUAAGUAGAUAUUUAGUUAGAUUACUUUAGAAGUAGUCGGCCAGCUUGACUUUAACAAGUGCAGUUACCAUGUCUUAGACAGAAACUCUUUUUCCUUUGGAAAGCUAUGACUACAAGUUAAAGAUGGGUGAGAUAAUCUGAGAUGUCUGGUAUGUAUAUCAUAAAUCCCCGACUUGACAGUUGUUUCCGGACAAUGCACACUGUAAUAACAUAUCAUACAACUAAAAUAACAUAUCAUGCAACUAAGAUUCAAUGCUGUUAAAAGUUAUAGACCGGGCGGGGGCUUCAGCUACUGGUCACUAUAGUCUUGUAGACUGUAGAUGACAAUAUCCACUUACUAACAGUAGAUGGCAUUUGCUAAUGACCAUUCCACUGCCCCAUCAAUAAGAAUUCUGUUUGGCAUAUGUUAUCCGCAGAAGGUUUGUAUGGUUUCUAGCUCUGGGUUCUUCUGUGUUUUUUAUUGGUGUAUAAAUAGGUUUGACAUCAGGAAAAUAUCUCGCUGUCUGCUUAAUUCUAACUUAAGAAGAUUAGCUAACAGUAAAAAUGAUAGUGAAGAUCACUGUGACUGUUUCUAACACCCCUAGCAUAUCACAGUCAAGAUCCUAAAAGGGUCUUAGACUGAAUUUACAUAAAUGUUUUCUGUGCAGAACUGAUGAUCCAUUAGAGAGUCGAGUACAAGUUUUCCACCAUGUAAACCCAGCCUUAAAGGCGUUGUCUGUGAUUAGAAGAAAACAUGUGCUACUCUUGUGGUGCAUCUGCUAUUGCAGGUGCUAGUGGCAAACAAAUUGACUUUAAAGGUUUUAACAAAAUCAUUUUUUUUUUAAGCAUAAAGGUGUAUUAUUAAAUGGUCAAUUAAGUGUUCAGUAAAGGAAACCUGCCAUUACUUUCAUGCUGCCUGAACCACCAGUCAUCAGGGUGGUCCCGGCAGCUUCUGUCUGCCCCAUUGGCCUUCAUUGAUUUCUUCCUAUGAACAAAUGGGGAGAGAGCGAUCAGUCAAGACCAGCGAAGUGGAAAGCAGCUGCAGGGGAACACCCAAUGACGUGUGGUUCAGGAAGAAUGAAAGUUAUAACAGGUUCCCUUUAAAACAUUCUAGAAUCUUCUUUUACAUUUAUUAAUCCCAUACAAUUUUUUCCCCCUUUGGUUAAACAAAAAUGUGGAUUAGCUUACUACCUGUAUUUUUUUAUGCAGGACAGUGUAUCAGUGCACAGAUGUUUUUUUAGUUGUGUUUAGUGUGAAGAUUACAAAGUUAAAGUUUAAUGCAUUUUACUAUUUACCUUUUGGAUUUUCUAUUUAUUUAAUAUAUGCGAAAAAUUUCAUCCAGUGACAUGGAAAGGAUGUACAUAUUUAUCUCAAUCCAUAAUAAACUGUAUGUGGCUUUU